AUGGAUUCUCCAUGUUCCAAGACCUCCCGAUUUGGGGCUUAUUCCAACCUUUCUUGCAGCAUCUGGUACAUUCCCCUGCCUUAUACUGGGCACUUGGUAGUUGUCCCUUACGUGAUCGAUGGACCUCACUCCUCUCUGCGCCAGGACCCCCAUCCUCUACUUCUCGGUGGCAAGGACUUCAGACACCGCUCCAAAUGGAACCGCCAGCAGCGGAGCCCCAAGGGCGAGAAGCCUUUCCAGUAUUCACAGUGCAAUCAGCGCUUGAGCUGGAGCUCAGACCCAAUGCGCUACCUGGGCGGACACAACGGGGAAUCUCCCUUCUGGUGCGCAUGGUGCGGGGAACGCUUUGGCUUCAGAUCUGUCGAGGGACACCACCAGUGCACGCGCAGAGGCGAACGGUCCUUCCAGGGCCCCCAGUGCAUCCGAGGCUUUGGCCGCAGCUCGUGUCUACUCGUGCACCUGCUCGUCCACAGGGGCGAGCAGCCCUCCCGCUGCAGGGAGUGCAGCAAGUGUUUCCAUCUUGCCCAGUGUCUCGUCAAGCAUCGGCACAUCCAUACUGGCCAGAGGCCCAACAAGUGCGGGGACUGUACCAAGUGUUUCAACCACCGCGCCAACCUCACUCGGCACGGGCAGGUCCACGUGGGCGAGAAGCCCUACUCGCGGCGGGAUUGCGCCCGGAGCUCCACCUCAUCUGCCACCAGAGGGCGCACGCGGGCGACUGCCCGGUUGGCUGGGAAUGGCUGCCAGAAGGGCUUCCGCAGAUGCUCGCGCGCCUCAGGGUCCACGUGGGCGUGA